AUGCAAUACGACGUUUCAUCACACUCUUCGUUCACUUCGUUGUCAAAUAUAAGACAACAAUCAUCCCCGACAUCUUCACCAAGUCCAUCUAUUACCUCAUCCCCAACACCCUCUCCAAUGUUACCCAUACUAUCGCCAACAGCGACUACUUCGACUGCGCAGGCUGCAUCAGCCGAGCUUUACCCAUCACAUUCAACACACUCUCCAUCGUCAUCGUCUACAACUCUUCCACCACCCAAAACAGUACCAAUGAUACGCCAUGUAAUGAACUUCAAACAUGAAUUGCAGGUAGCCAAUUAUAAAACAGAAAUAAGCACCAACUCAUUCGAACUGUGGGAGAAGGCAUUGCUUCACUCUCUAAUGGCUCUGAGUUUGACUAUAUUAAUAGCUGCCAUAUUCCUACCUGAUUAUUUCAUAGAGAAGGGAAAUUUUGUGGAGAGUUAUAAUUCCUUUAAUUAUUGA